AGCAACAACGAGGUGAUUACUCCAUGGAGAAAUCGAAAAUAGAAGUGAACAAUGAGCGGAAUUUGGUGGAGAAUUUGACCAACCAGGUAGAACGAGCUAAUCUGAUACAACAACCACCAGAAGAAGAGCAGGCAAAGCGCGAAAUAACUCAGACUGAUCAUUUAAAUCGCAAAUUAUUAGGGGCUUUUUUGGAUCGAAUCAACAGUGACAAUUUCACUUCAACAGCACAGUCUUCAGACAACUCGGUGAACGACGAAUUUGAGGACGAAGUGCCAGAACACUGAUUGAAGUCAAGUGAACGAUAACGGCCAAUAGGAUCGAGUGUGAAUGACAUGGUCCAGGCCGUCUAUAGUUUGUGGGAAUCGGCGAAUACUGUCUUAGGAGCAAAUUUCACUCAGAAUGCAGAAGGCUAUUUACGUUGUUGGAAUAAGUGGAAUCAGUAAUGGAGGGAAAACCUCGCUCGCUCAGCGACUUAUUAAGGCUUUUCCCGGCUCUCAUUAUAUCUGCCAGGACACCUACUUCCGUGAACGUGCUUUUGAGAGAAAUAUCUCAUCACCAAGUUGCAAAUGUAGUACAGAUGGUUUCAAGUACUGUGCAAUGCAGAGCUUGGAUGAAGGCAGUGACAAGCUGGUGAUUGAUCCAGAGCUGAACCAUGCUAACUGGGAAAGCUUAAAUGCUCUUGACAUGGACCAAAUGAUGUCUGACUUGACGUCCCAUCUUCAAACCAAACAGGAAACUUUAACAAAAGACCCCAGCAAAGCUCCGCACUUUGUCUUUGUUGAUGGAUUCACAAUCUUCAAUUAUCGUCCAUUUCAACCUUUGUGGUCCAAAAAAUACUUCAUAACACUGAACAGAGAAGUGGCCAAGGAGAGGAGAAGCCACAGACACUAUGAGCCAGCUGAUGUUCCAGGAUACUUUGACAAGUUUGUGUGGCCAAUGUACGAGAAACACAAGGAGGAAUUGCAAGACCAACAUGAUAUAGUUUACGUGGAUGGAACAGAAAAGCAGGAUGUGUUGUAUGAGCGUGUGUGCGCAGACCUGACCACUCUGGCUGCCGAGGGGCAGUGUGUGCAAGUUUUGACCCCUAACGGAGAGGGAGAACUGUGAUGGAAGUGUAGCUGCUACUUCACAACUGGUUUUGGAGCUACGGCUGUGGCUUUUCUGGUCCUUGAGGGUUAUUAUUAUUCUUAAUAUGUAAACAAAAUGAGCAAAUUUGAAUGUUAGUUUGUUUUAAGCAAUUUUAUAAGAACCAGGGUAGUGAAUAUCACUGUUUAAAAGACAUUAAAACUCAAGGAAGGAUUAUUGUGUAAGGCCAUAUUGACAGUAUAAGCUCCAUCAGCGUUUCAGGGGUCACGCAGAUAUUGGUGAAACAGGUGGGAGUUCUGGCAAACUGCAGCAGUUAAAAGACGCAGUGUUGCAUUAGGUGCCAACGGCGCCAUCAAAUCGACAGACAGAUGUGGAUUCAAUUUGGGAGCAACCAUAAAAUAAUUUUAUCUACGUUAGCUGCCCCCCUCCCCCCCCCCCACUUCUCUCAUCGAUAUCUGCAUGAACUCGUGAGACCCCUGAAACGCCCAUUAGGCUUAUUAUGGUCACUAAAACUAAAGUCAUUUAUUGUUCAUGUGUAUUACAAGUAUGUGGCAUGUCACAAGUCAUGUAAAACGCAGGGUAAAAAAAAAAGCAAAUAUCUCGUUAAGUCUACAUACUUGUGUGCAUAACACUUGAUGUCCAUUUUGUUGUGUACAUUGAAAUCCAUUAUGCAUUAAAAAGAAUGCUUACCAAAAAUUCUGCUUAUGUUUAUGGUUAUAUUGCAUUUUACAUGUGUACUCAAAAUGUAACAUUUAAAGCACAUUAAGGCAUAAUAACUUGUUUCAAAUUCAUUCCAUGACAAUGCCUCGGGUGACCAGUUCAGGACGGAAGUAACUCAUGGCAGUAAGAAAACCACACAAUGCCUGCUAAUUCUGCACACUUCUCAUAUAGAUAUGUACAUGUCGUAUUUUUAUAUGUUUACAUCACAUCUAUUAAUGCAAAUGUAUUCCAUUGCUUCUAAAAGUGCCUAGAAAGGAAAAAGGGAAGUAUAUGUCUAUGUAUUGGGGUAAAUUUAAAUGUUGUACCGAAUUAUAAUAUAAUAGGUAAUGGUAUAUUGUGAGUGUACUUAACUGAUAAAGAAUUCUUAUUUGUCUAUACUGCAACUGUAAUAGUGACUGUUAGAUAUUGUAUGUCAGAAAUUACGAAUUAAAGCCUCCUUGGAGUAUUAAAUAAAAGGCCUCAAAUCUAGGAUGUUAAAGGAUAGGUGAAACAUAACUGUGGCAUGUAAAUGGUGACUAAAUCUUCAGUGUUUAUGCUAAUAAUACAGAAACUUAAAGGAUGCG